AUGAACCUUCUUCCCCAGCAGCCUCCAACCGCCAUUUCUCCACCUGUGCAUCAUGCGCCUCCUUCACGUCUGCCGCCACCUUCAUUAACCCAGAGUCGUCAGCAGAGAGAUUCCUGGCCACAGCUCUCUAGCCCGCCCCAGCAAUGGCAAGGAGCUGAGGAAUACAUGAGGAAUUGGCUGCAAUCCAGGGUCGAGGAGGACAAGAGAAGACGAGAAGAGGAGAGGACAAGGCGGGAGCAGGGCGCGCUUGCUGCCGAGGAGGCCGAGGAGGUCGUUGAGGCCGUGCGCACCGUUGAACCAAGAGACGAAAUCACCAAGUCUCGAGAAUGGCCAAUCAGCGAAACUGGCAGCCUGUCCGUGCACGUUUCAUUAAACAGCCACACCUGCGAGAGACAAAUGCCACCAGGCAAGCCCGCCUUCUUCCGCUUCACCUGCAUUUAUGUCAAUACCCUAAGAAGCCAUCGGAUCGCCAAAACAUGGAUGGGAGGCCCGUAUAAUUCUACUAUUCUCCGCCAGGUGCUACAACGUGACAAGCUGGACAGCAACAACCAGUGA